UUGGAAUCUUCCUUGAUGUCUUCGGAUCAAACAUUUACGAAUUGCAGCGAAAUUUCUAAAAAUGCUGCCAACAUUGAUGGUGAUGUUUGCAGAGACUUUCUGAGGAAUUCCUGUAAAAGAGGGAAAAAAUGCAAAUUUAAACAUCCGGCCAUUACUCAGGGAUCAGAUUUAGCCCGUGAAGCUGUCUACUGUCAUGAUUAUCAAAAUGGAAUAUGCCAUAGACCUUCUUGCAAGUUUCUUCACUACACAAAGAAAGAGGAGGAGUUCUUUCGAUUGCAUGGAUUGAUGCCCACUUCUCAUCCCAAUAAUUGUUCGGACAAUGAAACCAUCUCAGACCCAACCGUUCCAGUGUGUAGAGAUUUCUUGAAUCGAAAUUGUCAUCGAGGAUUGACUUGCAAGUUUCGGCACUGCAAGCCGACUAAUAAUCCCUCCCCCUUGUCUGAGAAGACCAUCAUCUAUCAAGUUCCAGAAACUCAGGUAUACAAUUCUCAUCCGCAGUUCUUUGACGGACAGGGUGGAAAUUUACUGCCUCCUAAUCCAAGGACUUCUGAGUCAGCUGCAACCGUUACAACACCAGAGACGGCUACUGCAAUGGUAGCUGCGGCUGCAGCUGCUGGAUACUUGGCACUGCAACAGAAGCAGCAACAACGCGGUCACCACCACCAGCAACAACAGGCGUGUGAUAGUUACCUUCACCAUCAACAGUGUGGAACCCCCGGUGUGGUGGUACAAGGAGCUUCGCCUGGCACAGUGGCGGUCCCUUCAGCUUCCGCUGCGGCCGUUGCUGCUGCAGCUGCUGCCACCGCAAUAGCAACUCAACAGCAUGCUCCUCUUAGUCACAGGUAUUCGGAAUCAGCCCUGAAUCCACCGACCAACAUACCCGUUAUGCAAUCAAUAUUGGGAGCAGUAACCAAUCCCAGCACUCCUCAUCCCCAUUGUAUAGGUGAUUCCUCUUCGUACUCCCCUCCAACUUCUCACGCUUCCGGAGUUCUCCCCUAUCACUAUGAUCACCGAUUGAACUCCCAUUACUUUCUUAAUCAAGAUGAUCAAGGCUCCUCAACAGUUGAUUUUGCAAUGCCCAACCAUUCGACGAAAUCGUCCACUUACACCAACCAAGAUGCUAUUAAUAAAUCGAUGAAUUCACAUCCCCCCUUUAAUCAGCACAGUCAACAGCAGGAAGCGAAUACUGCGGCCGCUUUAGCCGCUGCAGCUUGCUUUGGUGCAAUGCUAUCACAACCGGUAGCAGCAGCCGCUGCAGCUUCUCAUGCAGCGGCAUCAGUAACUAAACCCACCGCUGGAGUCAUUGGCGACAUCUCAGUUUCGUUACCUCAAACCAGUGGUGGCGGUUCCGGUGGACAUACCAUUACCGCCGCUGCCGCCGCCAACAACGUUGGCAUUGUCUUGCCCUCCCCAUCACCUGUUGGAUACGGCGCUCCAGCUCCCCCACCUCAGCCUCAGCCAUCUCCUGCCCCACCACCACCUCAGCCUGCCAGUGCUGCUGUGGCCGCGGCUGCAGCUGCUGCCGCCGCAGCCGCCGUUGUGAGUUCCGCCGGUCCUUCUGCUGCUGUUGCUGCAAUGUCUGCCGCACAUCUUGCCACCUCCUCAUUCUCUCGAGCACAUUCUGGCCCCCACGUAUCCUGUACAUCCACUAUACCGGCUUUGUGUGCUAGCACUAGCCGCUAUCUAGCAACUUUGAAUCCGCCCGUCUCGGUUGAAUCACUUGACCACCUCCAGCACAGGCAAUUGUACAGCCCCAGCGACUCAUUUUCGCUCCAUAUGACCUGCCCCUCCUCUUCCGCUUCACAACAACAGCAGCAGAUCUGUUCCGUGUCUUCUGCGUUGAGUUCGUCGGCAGCCACUGCGGUGUACACUGCGACCAUGACGACAGCCGUGGCAGCAGCUGCUAUGGCUGCCGCUGCAGCAGUGGAAGAGCACAAUCAAAAGAAAAAUGCCGCAGCUGCUGCGAUGGCAGCGUUUAAUGAAAGUGCUGCACUUGCUCAUGAAGUUCAAAGCAUCUCCCGAAUGACCGAACAUGUCUCUCUCCCCUCAGAUUCACUCUCACCAACCAAUCAUAUUACGACAUCCCAUUCCGGUAUUUCCACACUCUGUUUAAACGCCGAAAUGCCUGACAAUCAAUACAACCCUCGACGACGACUUUCUUCCACCACGGCGUCACGUCGAAAACAACAGCAAGUCCCUCGCUUCUCAAGUUUCGACAUGGACGAAGAUGAAAGCUACGGCGAAGAAUCCAACUCUGGGGAUGAGGAAGAAUAUGAAAUUGAGGUUACAACUGCAGACUCUCUUGUUGUUCCUAGGAUAAGCCGUUCCAGUACCCCCGACCGAAACUUCGGUCGAAAUCCACCGUUAUUUCACUUUUUACGAAAGAGAUCUUACUCUUUCUCCCAUUUGGAAAGCUAUUCAACUACCGAAUCGCAGCCCCACCUAUCGUCUCAAUCUUCUAAGACUUCGAAUAUCAUAUCCCGUUUCCGUAAACGUGCACUUCUAAGCAAACGACCAAAACUUGAGAAUGUAGAUAGAGGUGUGAACCCUUCAAGGCACCGAAUAUAUAGACGAUGCCAGAAUAGACUACAGCAAGAUUUAGAUGAGGAAUCUGAAGUGGAUGAAGAGGAGCGAUUCUGUUACACAACAGAAGAGACGAAUUUCUUCAGUCCAUCCUCGGUGGUCACACCUCCAUCAUUUCGCGAGAGGAUCUGUGAUCUGAGGCGGGAGAAUGCUAAACUCCGGGGGAGAUUAAAGAGGAUUGUCCGGGAGCAUAAGUUCCUACAAGAUGAGAACCGGUCUCUAAUGGAGCAGAAUAGAAGGCUGAAAAAGUGUGUACCGAAUAUGAUUAGCAGUAGCAAGUGCUCAAACCCGCAGUUAUCGUCGAGACAAUGGGUUAUACAAUCUCUGAAAACUGGCUCUCAAUCCUCAGUCUCAGUUUCUGCAGCAAAACGAAGGAAAUCAGGUUGGUUUAACUGUUUGUAG